AUGCGCACCUUGGUCGAAGAGCCCGUCAAUAGAAGAAAACCGUCCAGUUUCUCUCACCAGAGUGAGGAUAUACUCGCUGGUGGCUUACAGCCUCUGCGUCCGCCAAAUGACCCUCCUCAUUCGACCCUCGCGCAAACGAACUCUGGGUUUGCUCGGUUCCUGAAAGAGCACACGUCUCCUAAACACCAGCGUGUCACGGCUGGUGGCCGGAUCGUCCCGAUGGAGCCACAGACUCCGGUGCCAAAAUUCAGAUUAACACUCCGGAAGCGCACCGACGGUGAUUGUGACGAGGGUGAUGAUCUAACGAUUGUAACUCGUGAUGAUGACCGUGGCAGUAAGCUUGAGAGCGAAGAUACGCAGACAGUGGAAGUCGGCCCUGGGCCAGCUGGUUCGACGCCCUCUCGAUCAGUCCGUCUGCUUCCGAAUCUUGCGAGGUCAUCCUUGGUGCAGGGAUCGGAAACUUAUACCAACGCAUUUGGUAUGCCUGGCUUGUUUCCACCAGCCGCAACCAACACUGGAGCGUUUCUGCAACAGGAUGCGGUUCCUUUCUCCUACAACACCAGCCAGCUUCCAUUCAACGCCGACGGACCGCUACCACCAUACUACUCAGCAUAUGGUGCGGGGAUAGACGCAGGGUCUUGCUUCCCAGCCUGUUAUCCGCCUAUGCCGGCUCAGGAAUUUAUAACUGCCGGCCAAACGCGCAUUCAACAACCGACCUCUGUUCCCCGAUUUUCCGAAGGCGCGGCUUCCGGUAGCAUAUCUGCGGGCUCAGCAUCGAGCUGUGGUCAAUUCUCAUCUGGUUUCGAUACGCGUGCUUGUCUCGGACCUCAGUGGCAAUGGCAAGCCGGCGGUCCACUGCCAGCAUUCAGUCAGCCCCACGUUCACCCAGCUGCUUACCGAGAGAACCCUUACCAGAGCCGUCUAAAAGAAGUCCGAGGACAAUAUGAUAUUUUGUCUGCUCAGUUAAGCCGCAUUGAUAGACACAUGGCGCUCAACGCCUGGGAUAUAGACGGGCAAUCAAAAACGUUGCUGGUUGAGCAGCGGAAAAGCUUAGUGAGGGAGUUGGAUGUAUUGCGGCUCUAUAUUGAGCAGCUAGAGCAAAGCCUUGAUAUGACAAAAUGGGGCAUUUGUGACUCGACAGCGUCAGCAGCAGUGGGCACCCCUACGCCCAUGGGCAAUCCCUAUACGCAUCUUGUGGGACCCCGGACACUAGUGCCAAAUCUCAUUUACGGAAUGCAGUCCAUACCUGCGCCUCCUUUCCCUAACACUUUUCCAGAAUUCUUUCCAUCAAUUGACUCAACGGGAGGCACAUUUCCAGUGCAGAAUGCUGACAACUCGGCAUACUACUCGAGUGAUGCUCAAGAGGAGACAGCUGCGGCAAACCGGCACAAUCAGAGACCCCGGCCGCAGCAAAGUCUCUCAGUGAACAUUCCACACGGUCCAGUCGAGACUGGCCUACAAGCAUCGACGGGUGAAGAUGCGACCGAGAGCGCAGCCCCUGAUGACAACCGAUGGGCGACGCCGGCCAGGUCCUCUCCAUUGGAGCUUCAACAGAUAUAUCAUCGAAUUGAGGAAGCCAACAAGCGGGGCGAAAAGCUUGAUGGACUGCUUAGAGAGCUGUCUAGCGCCACUAGUGAACUUUUGAGGCGAAGGCAGGAGGAAUCCAGGAGACCAUGUCAACCGAUAUCAGGUCAAGGCACCAUGGUUUACCCAUCGAUGGUGGCUGCAGGCGCCACUAGAGGAGCAAGCGAUAACAUUGAGUCGAAUCUACACCUGAUGAGACACGGAAGGAGACCCUGGGCAUCAGAAUUCUACCCACGAGAACAUAGUAGCACGCAUAAGUGUAUGCCCCGCAAAGACGCAGAAGCCGAUGGCAAUAUGUCUUCCUCGUGUGUGUCCACAACCGAUUCAUGGGCCACACUUCAUGAGACCGAUAUCCGCCAGCCUGGAAGUGAAGCCUUGCGGAGUGGAAGCAAAGGCGUCGAUGAUUCUGGGUCAUGGGAGAGGUAUAACCAACCCUGA